ACAGAUAACCAAAAUUUCUACUUAAGUACAGUAACAAAGUAUUUGUACUUAAUUACUUUAAAACUCUGUGUCAUGCAGCGCGUGGCCUGUUUAUGUACCCGCAGUAAACAAACCAGUUGGUAAAUAUUGAACCUGUGAUGGGAGUGAUGGGAGGCCGCGCUGUUAAAGCUCCUGUUAAUCCAUCACAUUUCCCUCUAAAUAGCUCUGUGCAUGAGAAAAGACCCCCCCCCCCCCACACACACACACACACACACACAAACAAACACAAACACACACACGCACUAUACAACCACUGCGGUGCACGCGGCAGCAGCACAGAGCGCGCGGAGCUUUGGUUUCUUCAUGUUUUCAGGUGAAUCCUGGUAAAAAAAAAAAAAAAAAAAACGCAGUUCUCGGGUCGAUUCUUCCAUCUCUCCUGCAGGAAGUGUUGCUCAGCGGCUGUCAGAGUUUCACCCUCACCCUCAGGUUGUCUCUGGCUCCAGCGGUGCCGUCCACGCACCGGCCGGCCUUUCUCAGCCCGGGUCUGCAGAACCCAGGUCCUCCUGCGUUCCGGGCGCGCUGCGGGUCCUGCUCGGAGGCUGUGAACGUGUAACCAUGACAACUGCGCUCUGAUUGGCUCGUCUGGCUCUGGAAUUAACGAGGCCAGCGUCCAAUCUGAGGCGAGCACGCGCCGCGCGCUGCCUGGCAAACCGUGGUGAUAACCCAGGCGCGCGGGGAUGUGAAGGUGGCACCGUGAGCUGAGCCUGAGGAAAUUACUGGAGCAGAAGAACAGAAUCAAAAAGAGGAAAGGCAGGAGUUCAGAGGAAAGGAUUUGACAUUUAAAGGCCUGAAUGAUGAGAAAACAGCGUGUUUGAGAGAAAACCAUGGUUGUUUGUUCCUGAUUCCUCCUCUCAUCUGUGGAGUGUGGAUGUAACAAGCCUUCCAACAGGACCGCUCUAUCCCAGGAUUGUCUGUCCACAAAGUUGUUGUUGUUGGGUUUUUUUUCCUGGCAGCGCACCUCCAGGAGCCAAGACGUUGCUCCGCGUGGCCCCGGCUCGCCCCAGUCCGAGCAGCAGGUCGGCCCUGUGCGCCUCGCAGGCCGCCAACAUGAUGGUCCUGUGCGCCGGCUGCGAGCGGCCCAUCCUGGACCGCUUCCUCCUCAACGUGCUGGACAGAGCCUGGCACGCCAAGUGCGUCCAGUGCUGCGACUGCAGCUGCGCCCUGACCGACAGGUGCUUCUCCCGGGACGGGAAGCUCUACUGCAAACUGGACUUUUUCAGGCGGUUUGGCACGAAGUGCGCGGGCUGCCUGCAAGGGAUUUCCCCGAACGACCUGGUGCGUAAAGCCCGCAGUAAGGUGUUCCACCUGAACUGCUUCACGUGCAUGRUGUGCAACAAGCAGCUGUCCACGGGAGAGGAGCUCUACGUCAUCGACGAAAACAAGUUCGUGUGCAAAGAGGACUACCUGAGCUCCGGGGCCAUCAAGGAGGUCAGCCUGAACUCAGGUGAGCCCUAACCCCGAGGAUUAU